AUGCCACUCUUACAUGGCUCCAACAUUUUCAACUUGGGACCUCCCAACUUCCUGCAGGCAGUAUUGUGGGCCGCCUUUUGGGCCAUCCAAGUCUGUGUCUGCCUCUCUCGGGUCUUUAUCGCUGCCCAUUUUCCUCACCAAGUCAUUGCUGGAGUCGUCUCAGGCAUGUUGGUUGCUGCAUCGUUCCAGCGUAUACACUCCAUCUACACCGCCAGCCUGCAGAGGUAUAUGGCCACGACGCUCUUCCUCUUCUCCUUUGCCCUGGGGUUCUACCUGCUGCUCAAGGUUCUAGGCGUGGACCUCCUGUGGACCUUGGAGAAAGCCAAGAGGUGGUGUGAGAACCCAGAGUGGGUCCACCUUGACACCACGCCUUUUGCCGGCCUCUUGCGCAACCUGGGCAUCCUCUUUGGACUCGGCCUGGCUCUCAACUCCCCGAUGUACAUGGAGAGUUGCAAAGGGAAGCGGGGGCAGCAGCUGAGUUUCCGGCUGGGCUGCAUUGCGGCUUCGCUCCUGAUCCUGCACCUCUUUGACUCUUUCAAGCCUCCGGCCAAAGUGGAGCUGCUCUUCUACCUGCUGUCUUUCUGCAAGAGCGCCGCUGUGCCCCUGGCCGCGGCUGCCCUCGUCCCCUACUGCGUCUCCCAGCUGUUCAGCCAGACGGACAAGAAAACGGUGUAGUCACAGAACGCUGGGCCAGCCUCGGCUCCGGUGCAGGAUCUCACAAGCCAAAGGACAGGGCCUGGGGCCUCUGACUGAGGGGGCCUGCCUCAUAGCCCCUGCGGGACUCAGAGCAAGGCUGACCCCUGUCUCCUCAAAGGCUAACUAGCCCCCCCAGUCCUCAGCCAAGAGGGGCACUUUUGCUUGUGAUGGGGAUUAACUUAUAAAGCAGAGUUGGCGUAAUAAUGAGGCAGAGUCAGUUGCUUACUGAAAUAAAGUUCACUUACUAGAGGGAGCAGCAGUGGCCUAGUGGCUAAGAACAGUGGCUAAG